CAAUUCGCACUUCAGCCAAUUACCAUGGUGGGUGAUUGCCUCGAUUUUCUGAAUUUGCACUCUGAAAGUUCCCUCCUGGAACAUAAAUAAGAACCUGUCCAUGCUCUGACAAUGUCACUGACUUCAAAACUAACUUUGGCAGGUUCUGUAACAUUUGCUGUUGGAAUCAUCUCGUAUGUUCACAUGAAACAGAAGAAAGAUCGAGAGAGAUUGCGUGAGGGUGUUGUAAAAGACAUGGAACGCCAAGAAAUGAAGAAACUGCAGAACCUGAAAGCACUACAGGACCAAAUAGAGCUCACAAAGAUACUAAAAACCCAAAGGGAUAAAGAUACAUCCUUGAAAACAGAAUCCAGUGGUAGCUGAUGACUCCUGUGAAUAUGCUAUGAUGGUGCUACAAAGACACAAUAGAACUUAACUGAGUUGUUUCAAAAGGAUAGUGAACAUAUUUCUAGGAAAUUCUUGUUUCUAUUACUGGUUGGACCCUUUUCACUUUAAGGGAUGAUAAACUACUCAGAAACAGUCAAUGACAUCAUAAAGUUGCUUCAGGAAAAUGGAUAAGCAUGGUAGAAAGUGAAAUGCUCAAUGAAUUUUGACGUUUUUGUAUAAUGAAUGCUGUGCCGUUUUUUUGUUUGAAUUGUGUGGCAAAUUUGAUGGUUCAGACCUCUGAAUUUGGAAAAAUUACUCUGUAAUCUGUUUCAGCACUAGCUGAUGAUCUGUUUGUGCAGUUUGAAUGUGCUAUUUUUGUCAAUUACCAAUUUGUUUUGGCUGUAACCAGUAUGAUAUUAGGCUUGUCAUUAAAAGUUGUUUUUUAUCUGUA